UUCCUCACAACUUGGUUUACUAAAUAUCUCGUCUUGUGCAUCCAGAAUCCCCGCCUUCACAUUGCACGACGUAUGCAAACCUACACCAAAAUUAAUUGCUAAUCAGUACUCAACACCAAACACCUACCGAACGUCCGCCUCCCCGUCAUACUUCCCAACAAAUUUCACAAUUACAAACGCGGAAGACAAGCAUACAUUAUGUCUACAAAUGAUCCUGAUCCCCUUCAUCCACCAUCCUUCCAAGCUCCAGAAUAUACAAGUCACCUAUCUACUUCUCCUCGAAACCUUUCUACUUCUUCCCAAAAUCCUCAUUAUUUAUCAAAUUCUCCACAAGAAACUAGAUAUUCUACUUCUCCUCUAGACACUCGACAUCUUUCACCGGAUCAACGUUUUUCUGCCUCACCGACUGCUGCGGAGCUAUACACACAUGGUGAACCUUUCCCAGAGCUAUCGGGCCAUCCUCCACACGUCGCAGAUCCAUUGAUACAUAUUCAACAACCUUCCAACGAACAAGACGAGCUUUCGCAGAUGCCUGCCUCACAACCAUCCUCUUUCGCUCCGUUCUUUACUCUAAUAUCGGAUUCUACGGUACUUGGUGAUGAUAAAGAUGGAAAUCCAAAGACUCCUACUACGCAUCAUCCUAGCAGAAUAUAUUAUAUAUUUUCUGAUGAUCAAGAUAGUGAAGAUUUGAAAGAUGCUUGUUUGAGAUGCCUGCCCGAUGUUUCUAAUUCUUCGAAUAGUAACUCUUUGACGAACAAGGAUUCUGGAGAGUUGAGAACUGCGAAUACAAGUUCUAGACCGGGAUUAUCGAUUAGGAGAAGCAAGGAUGGAAAGGCAAAGUUGAGGGAGGAAAGAGUUAUUAUAAUUGAUAUGAACGAAACUGGGGAUAGAGUGGUUAGGGCACAAAGUUUAAGUGAUAAAUGGCAGGUUAUGGGAUGCGAGAUUGGAAAAGCACCUAUUUGGGAGAGUGCAGGUGAGGAGGGUGGGGAGAAUAAGGAGAAGGAGGGUGGAUUGAUGUUGAGAAUUGAUGGGGUGGGUAUACCUAUUUUGAAGGAGGAUAAGGAUUUGAGUAGGAGUAGGGAGAAAGGGAGAGGAAACCAAAAGGAUGAUGACAAUGGAGAAACUGAGGAAUUGGAUAUGGACAAAAUCCUUGAGGGAUUUGAUAAGCAAAUGAAUGUUCUACGCACAGUUAUUGGUGGUGUAGGAUGGGAUCAUGGUGGCCAGGGAGUGGGUAAUAUGGACGGAGAAGGAGAUGAAGGAGAUGUAGUAAUACAGGGAGCAGAAUCAAUGGCAGAAGGACAGAAAGAGCGAGAGAGAGAGGGAGAGGCUUUUGAAGCUUCUUGAUAAUUAUCAUUGGAUAUGAAUGUAUAUUUAAUAGGUAGGAUGGUUUGGGAAUGGAAUCAGGAAAUGGAUCAGGAAUGGAUUUGUAUAUAUAACUAGAUAAUGAUUCCAAGACACGGCAACACAGCACGUACGGUACGGAAUGGUACAGGCGCACUUUUAUUAUAUUAUAAUAGACAGAGAGAUAUAACAUUGAGAGGUAAUUAGGAGGUAUGUUAUGGGAAUUGGGACGAGAUGUCGAUGGGUUCAUGGUAUUGUUGAUGAAUGGAGUAUU